GUUUCGUUUAACCAUUACCCUCGAGUUUACUUUGACUUAUUGUCUGUGAUUUUGUAAAAUCAUACUCUAUAUCAUCUCAUUUUCCUCAUUUCUGGUCUCAUGAGCUGUUGUUUUUAAGCAUGAUUUUUUAUGUUUUGGGCUGAUAGCAGUCUGUUCCUUGGACAUUUCUGUGUUAGAGCUGAUUUAAAAGCACGUGUAUGUAGGAUCUAUCUAUAUUGUGUCCUUUCUUGGUACUAAAGUGUUUUAUGGGAUUAUUUGAUGAUAGUCUCUCUGCUUUGUGUAACUAACCAUUAUAACUAUCGAACUACUAAACGUAUAGCCUAUUGAGGUUUAUACUUCAAAAGCUGGUUUAUCUCUUUCUCAGUUUAUGUGACUUCUAUAAUUCUUCCUCUGAAAGUAACAGCGAUUAAGGUACUUCUUGAUCUGGAAUUUCGUAUCAUGAUCGGAAGAAAUAUGAAAUAUAUAAUCUUUAUUCUUGAUUCCUCCUUCAUUUGCUACGCUACAGAGAGUUUUUUUGUUCUUCUGACUUCAUGAAUAACUGCUAUUUACUUAUUUAUUUGGUGAAAAGACACUAGACCCGCAAAUUUAGUUUUCUGGUUGAGUCACUUAAAUGCUUCAAUUUGAUAACAAGAUAAAUCAUUUCUAGACUUUCCCUGUGAAGUAGUCCUCUAUAUGGGAGUUAAAGUUUAAAGCUAAAUUUAUUAACAGAAGUUCUUGUGAUGUAUUAAUUGAAGUGAAAUCCCAAGCUGCAAAUAGAUACCGUUCAUGAAAUAGUGAUUGAUGGUUUUCAGACCAGAAGAUGCUAAGCAUAUAUGUAGUAUUAUUCCUUUACAAGCUAGUGGUAUUUAAGCUUUGAAUUUUAGAUACGUGUAUAUUACAAUCAUUUGUUGGUGGAAAAGCUGAGAGAGAUGAUUGAUGUUGAGGUUCAAAGUGUCUUAUGAAGAUCUUGUUUAGCCUAGCACAUAGUUCGAUGAUUUAUCCGUAAUAAAGAUAAUAAUUUGCUAUGUUCCAAGAUAGGGAUUUAAGCAACUUUUUGCCGUCAAUAGAAGCCAACUUUACUUUGAUGAUAAGGAAUCCCAGUGUCAUUGUUUUAGUGCAAUCUGACUAGCAUCAGAAGGCUGCCUGGCUGAAUAUCAACAGAUACUGCUGAUUUAUUGUCAAUCAUGCAGGGGACUGCAAUGAGAGUCUGUAUUCCUUCUGCACAUAUUGAAACUGUAUUUAACUGAAGCCUUUGUGCUACUUUAUACAAUCCAAGCACUCAUAUAAACACAUUCUUGUUUAAACAAUGAGGAAGCCGAGACCUAGAUCCUAGAUCCAGAUCCUCUGCCAAGUCAAGGUCGCAUUCAAACUUCUCUAUAGUUAGUUGUGAUGCACAGCAUAUUUUCACAUAUUUGUCUUUCUUGUGAAGAUUAAGAUGUUUCAUGGUGCCACUGGAGAAACCAACAUCGGUUUUUGCCAACAGAAAACCUUAAUGCAGAUAGUAUAUUGCAAUAAUGCCUGACCACCAGAUUCCUUUACUAAAUUUGGGGAGUUUCAAAUAACAUACUUUAUGGGUUCCCCUGCAGAGUCCUUUUCUUGCAUUCAGCAGCAUAUUUUAUAAUCCAUCACGCAUUCACCAGAAAAAUAUCUUAAAAAAUGUCAAAGAUAGAAAAAGAAUACAAUAAGAGAAACAGUAAUAAUUGAUAGGAUAAAUUUUGUGCUUAAUUCAACUUCAAUGUACCGGCAAACCAGGAAUUCUGUCCUUUAAUUCUUGUUCUGUUGAAUUUUUAUUUUAAACCAACUAGUGUGCCUCUUCUGUGACCAAAUCUAAGCCUGCAAUCCAUAGCCUGCAAUGGUUCUGAACGAGGUUUUGGAAAUUGUUUAAGAGGUGCUUCUCCAUUACAAUUGGAUUUGAGUUCUAGUGAGAUUAUUCUGCAUCAUAUUUCUAUUCCGAUGAGUGUCUCUAUAUCAGUUAGUGCACAAUGGAAAGUAUAUUGUCUUUGGAAGUUGAUUUCCUUAUGUGCAGCAUUUUGGGGGAGCCCUUUUAACUGGUGAUAGAAUCAUUACCGAGAUCAAGAUCUAAACCUUAUGUUUUAGCAUGGAAAUGCUUAGGCGGCCUAAAUAUGAUUUUCAAUUGCUUUAUUCCUCUUUCUUCUGCAGUAAUCAGACUAUUGCUGUUGAGGUUCUUGGAUUAUGCCAUCUUACACCUCAUUCCUUGUGAUUGUAUAAACAACUAAAUUUUGUAAUUUUGCAUGAAGAAUACUGCAAUUACUUUGUAAUUCCUGGUCCACUAUCUGCUUGUGUUUCAGUGACAACAUGUGGGCUAGCAAGAGAUGCCUUGAACCUGCUUCGAGAAAGAAAAGAUGGAUUCGACAUUGUUAUCAGUGAUGUUAACAUGCCUGACAUGGAUGGUUUUAAGCUUCUGGAGCAUGUUGGACUGGAAAUGGAUCUUCCUUGAUGUCUGUUGAUGGAGAAACAAGCAGGGUGAUGAAAGGUGUCCAACAUGGUGCAUGUGAUUAUCUUCUUAAGCCAAUAAGAAUGAAAGAACUUCGAAACAUAUGGCAGCAUGUCUUCAGAAAAAGGAUACACGAGGUCAGAGAUAUUGAAUUUCAUGAAGGCAUUGACGAAAUCCAUUUGAUGAAAAAUGGCUCUGAUCUGUCUGAGGACAGACACUUGCCUUCUGGAAUUGAUUCAUUUUCAGGGAAAAAAAGAAAAGAAGCUGAAAAGCAUGACGACAGAGAAUGCAAUGAUCCUUCAUCUGUUAAGAAAGCUAGAGUAGUUUGGACGGUAGACCUUCAUCAGAAAUUUGUCAAAGCUGUGAAUCAGAUUGGUUUUGAUAAAGUUGGUCCCAAGAAAAUACUAGACUUAAUGGGUGUUCCAUGGUUAACAAGAGAAAAUGUAGCCAGCCACUUACAGAAGUAUCGGCUUUACCUUGGAAGAUUGCAGAAAGAGAAAGAGCUAACAACCUCCUUUGGAGGGAUGAAAGACUCAGAUAUCUCUGCAAAGGAACCUAACGGCAAUCACUGCCUUCAUGAUUUAGUCAAUAAGCAACAGUGUGAUCUUGCAAGUGGCAGUUAUAAUAUUCAGGGAAACAAGAACAUGAUUCAAAAUGUUGAUUUGAAAAUGCACGAGGCAGAUCUGAAGUGUACGGUUCCAAAGCCAAUGGAAGAGCCCAAGAAAGCUAUAGAUGGAGAGAGUUCUUAUCCUCAAAAGAGCAGCAGUAAAAAGAUGAGCCUCAAUCACUCUUUUGGCCAAUUUGAUUCAGAUUUGGAAUUUGCUGCUGUGAUCCCCAAACAGUAUCCCUGGAAUGAAGAAACCUCACAAGCUCAAUUCAGUCGAGAACGCAAGCCACAUUUCCAGCCAAAGAGGGGGUUUAAUACUUUGCCACCGACUUGUCUUCCCGAAAAUAUCCAACUCGAUUGUGUACAACCCAGUUCCUCUCCAAAUUCUAGACCUUCUAGCAUCGAUAGAGAUAAACUAGCAGAGGCUGAAAUGAAGCCUGCCUACGUGAAGAAUAGAAGCCAGGGAAUUGAACAGUUGUCUCCUGCAGGAUGCGAUGCUGACCUUUUCUCUGCUCAACCGGGGAGCAAAUUAACAAACAAUCAAGCUUUUAAGCCAACGCAAAGUGCUGUGUGGAGCAUGAACAACCAUAGCUUGGAUGAGAUUCUUGAAGGUGGCAUGGAAUCUGCAGGGAGAAGCCUAAAUUUUGCUAGUGGAACAGAUUAUACAUCUUGGGAUGAGAAUGUCCAUAGUGGCUCCCUUCAAGGUGAUUUUCAACCGGUGAGUACUGGUCCUCAGGGUAUAGAAUUUCUUAACUACAGUGAACCAGAGCUCACUACUGAAGUUCCAACCUUCUUGUACGAUUCACUGAAGUUUGACUCUGAGUAUCCUUUUGAUUCAAUGGAAUAUCCAGUCAUAGAUCAAGGACUAUUCAUAGUGUGAUCUGAACUCAAGGCACCUCAUCUUGUAAGAAGAAUGCUGUAUUGCUCUUGCCGAUCUAGUGCACUGGCGUGUAAAGCGCCUUGAAAUUUAACUGGAGUGUAAAAGCCUCCUGCCCAAUUUGAUGAACAUGAUGUCGAUCCAUCGUAUUAUGAUAUUGGUAGUAUAUCAUGCAUAACAAAGCUUACGCUUCUUUCAA